AUGGAUGCCACCAGGAGCCAGGCCCAGACAGCCUCGAAUCUGGCAGAGCAGAUCCUGGCCGACUUCCAGCUGCAGGAGGCUGACUUGAAGAAGGUGAUGCGGCGGAUGCAGAAGGAGAUGGCGCGGGGCCUGCGGCUGGAGACCCACGAGGAGGCCAGCGUGAAGAUGCUGCCCACCUACGUGCGCUCCACCCCAGAGGGCUCAGAAGUCGGGGACUUCCUCUCCCUGGACCUGGGCGGUACGAACUUCAGGGUGAUGUUGGUGAAGGUGGGGGAGGGCGAGGAGGGGCAGUGGAGUGUGACGACCAAACACCAGAUGUACUCCAUCCCCGAGGACGCCAUGACCGGCACUGCUGAGAUGCUCUUCGACUACAUCUCCGAGUGCAUCUCCGACUUCCUGGACAAGCAUCAGAUGAAGCACAAGAAACUGCCCUUGGGCUUCACCUUCUCCUUCCCCGUGAGGCAUGAAGACAUCGACAAGGGCAUCCUCCUCAACUGGACCAAGGGCUUCAAGGCCUCCGGAGCAGAAGGGAACAACAUCGUGGGGCUCCUCCGUGACGCCAUCAAACGGAGAGGGGACUUUGAAAUGGACGUGGUAGCGAUGGUGAACGACACGGUGGCCACAAUGAUCUCCUGCUACUAUGAAGACCGCCGGUGUGAGGUUGGCAUGAUUGUGGGCACAGGCUGCAACGCUUGCUACAUGGAAGAGAUGCAGAACGUGGAGCUCGUGGAAGGGGACGAGGGCCGCAUGUGCGUCAACACUGAGUGGGGCGCCUUCGGGGACUCCGGUGAGCUGGACGAGUUCCUGCUGGAGUACGACCGCGUGGUGGACGAGAACUCCCUGAACCCCGGCCAGCAGCUGUACGAGAAGCUCAUCGGCGGCAAGUACAUGGGCGAGCUGGUGCGGCUCGUGCUGCUCAAACUCGUGGACGAAAACCUGCUUUUCCGCGGGGAGGCGUCGGAACAGCUGCGCACGCGCGGCGCCUUCGAGACGCGCUUCGUGUCGCAGGUGGAGAGGGCGCAGCGGCGGCGGCGGGUGGCGAGCGGGGGACCGCGGCACACACACCGCCCCGGACAGACGGCGGGGUCCCUGCGGCUCCGCCCGGCCCCGGGGCCCCCCGCCGCCUGCCGCGUCCUCAUGGGGCUGCGGGAGCCUGAGACGCACUGGCCCGCCUGA